CUCCAUUUCCAAUGCGAUCCAUGGAUCUUAAUUUAUUACCAAAGUCAGUUAGUUCUAAGAAACUUAGCUUGUUUCCAGAAUAUUUCACAUUCCUAAGAAUCCUUAAGAUGAUCAAAAUGGUUUGAUGAUAAUAAGAUCGAAAUGAUAAAACAAGAGUUAAUGAAUAAUUCGGGAUGGAUUCCGAAGAGGUGCUUGCUCAAGGAAGCAGGGUGGAACUCGCAGCUUCAACAGGCGACAUAACACAACAAAAUGGAUCAAUUUCUUCAUCAUCAUCAACAUCCAUCGACGAAAGAAACGAUGGACUCCGAGGCUACUUCGAAACCGCCCAAUGGACAGCAGACGGGACCACGAUCCUAACAUCCUCCUCAUCAAACCUCAUAUCAGGGUACAUAGUACCCCAAGACCUACUCUCCCCAACCGCCAUCCGUCCCCUCGCACUGAACCCUCAAUCCACCAUCCAACUGCCUGAGCCCAGCAACGUCCUAUCCGGCGCGCCGUAUUUCCACCUCGCGGAGCCCUGGACACAACAACUUCUAGUCUCAGCCCGAGACCACCCGAUCCAACUCUUUUACCUCUCCCCUACAUCCCCCUCCUCCCCGCCUCCAAAACCAGCAUCUAGUUAUCCCCUAACCAAAGCCCGCUCGGAAACCUUCCUCACCGCCACAUCCCUCGUCUGGCCAGCUCCAGGCACGCACUUCAUCGCCGGAUCUCGCAAUCUGUUAGCGAAAUUCGAUGUAAGCCGCACCGGCGAGGAACCCCUCGUCCGCAUCAAGACUAUUCCUUCCGAACGCCAUUUAUCCAAGGGUGGUGGUGUGGGUAUGCGUGGCGAUGUAUCUGCGCUUAGCGCGCAGCCACCUGAUGCUUCCUAUGCCAGUCUACUCGCGGCUGGUACUUGGACGUGCUGGGUUGGAUUGUAUGAUUUUGCGCAAGCAGGGUCUUCAUGCGCGGUUGCUACUUGGAGUGUUGCGCGAGCGGCGGGUGAGGAAGAGGCGGCGAUUGGUGGGGAUGGUGUUAUGCAGACGAUUUGGAGUCCGUGUGGGCGAUAUCUACUCGUAGGAGAGCGGAAAUCAAGAGGUGUACUUGUAUACGAUGUGCGCGUCACCGGAAAAUUGCUAGGGUGGUUAGCUGGUCGCGAAGCGCGUGGGAAUCAGCGCAUUGGGUGCGAUGUUUUCCCCAGUAGCGACGACGAAGGGGGUUUUGAGGUAUGGUCCGGCACAACAGAUGGUGUUGUUAAGGUGUGGGAAGGUGUCGGGAGUCGUGAAGGAACACAUAAUUCAGCGUGGGGGUGGAAUGCUUCGCAUGAGUCGACAAUAGGGAGCACAUGCGUUCACCAGAGCGGUAGCGUGGCUGUUACUUGUUCUGGGUCUUGGGAAUUCCCCGACGACGACAGCGAUGAUGAUAGUAGCAGUUCCCCAUCUCGAAGCAGCAAUGGCGUUACGAACAGUGAUAGCGACAGCGAAAGCGACGUCUCGAGCGCUGAAGAAUUCACUUGGAUGCGAAGGCGCAAUAAAGAAAGUAGCUUAAAGAUAUGGAGUAUGAUAGGCAAUGGAGAGGAAGAGUCGUAAGAGAGCGAAGUCUUCAA